AUGUUUGCCCGCUUUCGACAGGCGGUGACAUACAUACCUAUACGAUCCACAAUAGUAGCUGUUCCUCUUGCUUUCUAUGUUCAUGAUUCAUUCUACUCGUUUGUGAGAGUGAAUGGGUCUUCCAUGGAGCCCACCUUGAGGCAUGGAGAUUUGCUUCUCGUUCGCAAAUCAGACAAUCCUUGGUGGUCGCAGCUAACAAAAUUCGUCAAGUAUAACUUUAAAAAGUAUGUCUUGGAAAAAGAGGGCGAGGAUCUGGAUGAAGAAGACUCGGAACCACCGGAACGGAUAGUGGAACGCCGGACAUUGAAGGACUAUGAACGACUGCAUUGUGCCACCUCGCCGUCGCUUCAAAUCAAACCACCGCUAGCGCUCUCUGGGGAUAUUGUCGUCUACAAGGAUCCUCAGUAUUUUUUUCAUAUGAAUGAACGAAAACUUUGUGUCAAGAGAGUGGUUGGAUUGGGUGGUCAAGUGGUCAUGGUCCCCUUCUCUAGAGAUGAAAAGCCAGGAAAGCUCAGCUAUCGUAUGGACGAUGAAAUGAAAAAGAGAAGAACUAGUAAUGGAACAAGUAGUAGUUUCCAAAGCAUGCGAGUUGCCACAACAUGUGUGGCACCCUACAGCAUGUGGGUCGAAGGAGACAACCGAUUCAACUCCUAUGAUAGUCAGCACCAUGGCAGUAUCAGCAAGCAUUUGGUAGUGGGGUUGGCCGAGUACGUGGUUUGGCCUCCCACGAGAUUUCAGAAAUUAUCGUCGUCCAAACAAAGUCAUCGAUCACUAGUGGAGGGCGACACCCAGCCUUACGCCUAUUGGCCAUGA